UCAAUACACUUUACUUUCUAGCCAACAAUGGCGUGCAACUCAGGAACUUGCCAGUCCGGCUGUUACAGAGAUGACUCUUCCGUCGGAGCAGAAGAAUCGCCGCCGCUAUCUAAGAAAACCGAAGUUUCAAACGAAGGUGUCAACAGUAGAAGGAGCACCGAACAUUUGGAUGAUGGAAUAUGUCUCAAAUGUAAGGUUAACAGAACCAUCGCCGCCGCCGCCGCUGACGGCGGUGGUGAUUUUGGUGGAGGAGAUGGAGGAAGGUUCUGUGCAGAUUGCUUCCGCAGUAAUCUAUUUGGAAAGUUCAGACUUGCUGUCACUGCUAAUGCUAUGAUUUCGCCCUCGGAUAACGUCCUUGUUGCCUUCUCUGGCGGUACUUGUUCCAGGGUAGCUCUGCAAUUUACACAUGAGAUGCAAAGCAAAGCUCAGAAGAACUAUGAUGCCAGUAGAGAUAGAGCAUUACCAGUUUUUGGUGUUGGGGUUGCUUUUAUUGAUGAAAAAGCCAUUUCUGCUGUCUCAUCUGAUAACCUUGACAGAGCCGUUGAGGAGAUGAAACUUAUUGUGUCAGAUUUGGCUCCACCUGUGAAACAAUUCCAUGUCGUUCCAACAGAGGCUAUUUAUUCACUGAAAGCUGGUGAUGCAAAAGAUAGACUGAAUGAAUUAAUAAACACUGUUAAUGAUGUCACAGGAAAAGAAGAUUUGUUGGAGCAUUUUCGCAUGCUCUCCUUGCAAAAGAUAGCUAUAGAGAAUGGAUAUACCAAAAUUCUACUUGGAACGUGUACAUCAAGAAUAGCUUGUCAUGUACUUGAAGCAACUGUCAAGGGUAGAGGUUACUCUUUAGCGGCUGAUAUCCAGUAUGUUGAUGCAAGGUGGAAGAUACCUGUGGUUCUUCCCCUCCGCGAUUGUCCUAUUCAUGAGUUGAACAUGCUUUGCAGCCUUGACAGUUUGAAGACUGUAGAAGUUUUUAAUGGAACUUGUGCUGGUAUCAAUGGCCUGAUAUCCUCAUUUGUAAAAUUGUUGCAGGAGGAAAACCCUUCCCGGGAAAGCACAAUCAUGAGAACAGCUGGAAAGUUGACACCUUUUCAUUUCAACAGAAUGCCAGAGGACAAUGACUAUAAUGGUCAGGUGGCAUCUCGAAGGAGGCAAAAGAAAUACAACCUUAAAACUAAAGAUGCUCUUCCCCCCGAAUCAUUCUGUCCUAUUUGCAACAGUCCUCUAAAAAUAUCCAGUUUUGGAACUUCAAUUAAUUUUGACAACGGGAAAACUAAUCCUAAUGGGAUUGGGGCUGCAUGCUGUGCAAGCUGUCAGUUUCAGGUUCUUCCCAAUGACCCCUCAUCUCUGGAGCACUUCAUUUCUCUCUUGCCACCAUCAAUGGUUUCCCAAGCAGGCAAUGGGGAUCGUUUAAGUCAGAGACAGCUAAGGGAGCAAAUAGAAGACUGCUUGCUCUCGGACAAUGAAGAUGGAAUAUGAUCCUGCUGAUUCGUUUUGCAAAACAGCCAACUGCUUGCUGCAUUGAUAUGCAAAUCUUGUUUUGACGACAAUACACUACUAGGUAAGCUACACUAUAGUUUCUUCCUAGUUCCCAUGAGCAGCAGGAGAAAAUAGAAAGACGUACUUAAGCGUCUUACCUAUUAUGCUGCUGAGGUUCCUAUUUCUCAAUACACUAUAUUAUGGCUGAUGUCUGGGGUAUGUUUGGUUGUUCAAUCUGUUUUAUAAGUGUGGUACACUGUUACAGAAACCCGAUUACUCUAUGUUGACGAUUCACGCGUUUCAAUUUUUUCUCCCUUCUCAGUCA